CAUUUGAAAGAAGAAAAAAUGGAUGCUAGACAAGAGGAGAUUCGGAAGUUUUUGAGUUCUGCCGAUGGGAAAAAAACACCAAAACUGGAUGCUGAACUCAAUGCCAUAAUGGGACGUUACAAAGAGGUCGCAACACGUGACGAGAUUGCGGCGGAGGUGUUUGAGUCGAUGCUCGCACUAGGAGGAGACAACUUCGCAAACUAUUUUGAGCGCUAUGGAAAUAUUCUCACACGUUUUGGCUUCGACCAGGUGACUAUGAUUGGGCAUUUGGAGGACACAUUUCUCGAAGACCCACCAAGAUUUGUUCAGGUGAUGGGCAUUCUGGAAUUUCAUGGUGCUCUCCAUGAAUCACUCGUCCAAGAAUGGCUAAACGUUAGGGAUGCAUCAAAGAAGAAAAAAACUCUAGUUCCAGGAAAACUCGCGCUCUUGGAUGCAUAUCUUGAAGACAAAUCUGCGAGACAGUUGAAGUGAAGAGCCUGAACUAGUCGUUUUACGACUCUCUCUCUCUAGUUAUCCCACGGCCCUAUCUAUCCAUAUCUAUGUUGAACAAUUAAUAAUGCCAGCCGUUUGCGUGAAUGUGUUUUAUCUUAUUUAUGCUAUUUGGACAUUUGGUUGGACGUUUAAGAACUUAUUAAGUAUUGUUUUAUCUCUGAAGCUAUCUAAUAUAUGAUGCGAAUGUGCAUGGACGUUAA